UUGUAUCCAAGUCACUUCUGCACAUAGUGGAAACUGGAAACGACUCCAAUGCAUUAAGCCAUUAACACUAUGCAGUAUCCUUCUUCUUCCAAUUUUCUUCUCAAAAUGGGUGCAGAAGACGAUGUCACACUCCUACAACUACAACAACCCCAAGAAGAAGAAGAAGAAGAAGAAGAAGAAGAAGAUUCACAAAAGGCAGAGAAAUGGAGGAAGCAUUACUCAUCAAGGCAUAGGAUACUCCUUGUUGGAGAGGGUGACUUCUCUUUCUCUCUCUCUUUGGCCACAGCUUUUGGUUCUGCUCACAACCUCGUUGCUACUUCCAUUGAUUCUCAGGAGAACAUUGUGAAGAAGUACAGUAAUGGGAUAAACAAUGUGAGGGAGCUUGAAGAAAGGGGUUGCCUUGUGCUUUAUGGAGUUGAUGCUAAGGAAAUGAGUCAACAUUUCUUUCUAAAGACUCAGAGGUUUGAUCGCAUUGUAUAUAACUUCCCUCAUGUUGGAUUCCUUUAUCCAGAGAAUAGCUACUGCCAAAUCCAGUUGAACAAAAGGUUGGUGAAGGGUUUUCUGUCAAAUGCCAAGAUUCUGGUAAGGAAAGAGGGGGGAGAGAUUCAUGUAACACACAAGGAAGGUGAUCCAUACAGCAAAUGGGGUCUGGUCAAGAAGGCAGAGAAGAGAGGUUUGGUCUUGCAACAAGCUGUUCCAUUCUUCAAGGAUGAUUAUCCUGGUUAUGACAACAAGAGAGCACAUGGAAAAUUAUGUGAUGCCUCUUUCCCCAUUGGAGAAUCUAAUACUUACAAGUUCAAGCUUCAGUCCACUCUCUAAUGAUUAAAGGGGUUUAUGAGUUUUAGGUUUGGUUUUGAGCAUCAAUGUCAUCUUGAUUAUGCCAACUACCUUCCCUACCAUAAAACUUCAUCUGCCAAACUCUGUGAAGAGAACAUAGAAAAAGUAAAAAAUAGAGGAGAGUACUUGACUUGCAUUUAUGUGUAUAAAACUGAUGGCUGGAAUAUUCAGUCUGAUUCUCUCUUUUGAGAUUCUCAUAGUUCAUUCUUCACUUUAUUAGAGGAGAGACUGAGACUAAAUUAAAAUUAGUUUUUCACUUUAUUAUUCGCGUCAUCCCUGCCAUCAAAUUUCAAAAUCAGAUUCCAAUUAUCCAAAAUCUAAAUCUAAAAUAACAAAAAUCCACUGUGGAAUUUGUAAAAGGGAUCUUGAAUUCUUGAAACUUGAUUCUAACCUGUAGAUGAAUAUGUCUCUGUGUUUUCCCGAUUGCUUCUUGCAGAGGAAACAAGAAUGGAUGAAGUGAGGUUGAUGAUCUUUGAAUCUUGCAUCGUAGAAACAAGGGUGUGCUGGUAUUGGAAGUAGUUGACUUGAAUGACCAAGUUC